CGUUACACUUUAGCCCGCCCAGUUCUUCUUCCCCAGGCUGCACGUUGCACCUCUUCAGUCUCCUUACUCAUCCACUGUCUCUCGAGUCCAUACCUCUCUCUCUCUCUCUCUCUCUACUUUCUCUCUCUUGAAACCCUCACACACACCAAUCACACCAUCACCACCACUUUUCUACAGAUCUACGAUGCCAUGAGUCUCCGGCAGCGUACUCCGCCGGUCCAACCCCAAAACCCCGGUCCACCCUACGGUUCAAACCGGCCCCAUGCCAAGCCCGACCCAUCAGACGAACCCUACAACAUAAUUCCCAUCCACAACCUCCUCGCCGACCACCCCUCUCUCCGAUUCCCCGAAGUACGCGCCGCCGCCGCAGCUCUACGCGCCGUUGGGGACCUCCGCAAGCCUCCCUUCACCCCAUGGCACGAUCACAUGGACCUCCUCGACUGGCUCGGCGCCUUCUUCGGCUUUCAGCACGACAACGUGCGGAACCAGCGCGAACACCUCGUCCUCCACCUCGCCAACUCCCAGAUGCAGCUCUCGCCGCCGCCGGACAACAUCGAUUCUCUCGACGCCGCCGUGCUCCGCCGCUUCCGCCGGAAACUCCUCAAGAACUACACCUCCUGGUGCUCCUACAUCGGCCGCAAAUCCAACGUCUGGAUCUCUGAGAGUACUCGCCGAGACUCCGAUAAUCGACGUGAAUUGCUCUACGUCGCUCUCUAUCUCCUGAUUUGGGGUGAGUCUGCUAAUCUCCGCUUUGUACCUGAAUGCAUUUGCUAUAUUUUUCAUCAUAUGGCUAUGGAACUCAAUAAAAUUCUUGAGGAUUACAUUGAUGAGAACACGGGUCGCCCUGUUCUCCCCUCGAUUUCUGGCGAAAACGCCUUUUUGAACAAGGUUGUGAAACCCAUUUACGAUACGAUUCGUGCCGAGGUGGAAAAUAGUAGAAAUGGGACUGCCCCGCAUUCUGCGUGGCGGAAUUACGAUGAUAUAAAUGAGUAUUUUUGGAGUAGGAGGUGUUUUCAGAAGUUGAAAUGGCCAAUUGAUGUGGGUAGUAACUUUUUUGUGACCACAAGUAAGGGCAAACAUGUGGGUAAGACUGGUUUUGUAGAGCAGAGGUCUUUUUGGAACUUGCUUAGGAGCUUUGAUAAGCUCUGGAUUAUGUUGAUAAUGUUUCUUCAGGCUUCUAUUAUUGUUGCUUGGGAGGAGAAGGGGUAUCCCUGGAUAGCGUUGCAGAGUCGUGAUGUUCAGGUUCUAGUUCUGACUGUGUUCUUUACUUGGAGUGGGUUGAGAUUUCUUCAGUCGCUUCUUGAUGCCGGGAUGCAGUACAGUUUGGUUUCAAGAGAGACUCUGUUUCUUGGGGUGAGAAUGAUGUUGAAGAGUGUUGUUGCAGCUGGGUGGAUCAUUGUUUUCGGGGUUUUCUAUGGUAGAAUUUGGACCCAGAAGAACCAUGAUAGAGGGUGGUCCAGGGAGGCGAAUACACGGGUGAUAAAUUUUCUGGAGGUUGCAUUGGUUUUCAUUGCACCAGAGGUUCUGGCACUGGCUCUCUUUAUUAUACCCUGGAUUCGGAAUUUCAUUGAGAAUACAAAUUGGAGGAUCUUUUACUUAUUGUCAUGGUGGUUUCAAAGCCGAACUUUUGUGGGUCGUGGCCUAAGGGAAGGUCUUGUGGACAAUAUAAAAUAUUCUUUGUUCUGGGUAGUGGUACUUGCUACAAAAUUUUGCUUCACUUACUUCCUACAGGUCAAACCCAUGAUUGCUCCGACAAAAGUCCUCUUGAAUCUUAAGGAUGUGAAAUAUGAGUGGCAUGAGUUUUUCGGUAACAGCAAUAGGUUUGCAGUUGUGUUAUUGUGGCUUCCCGUGGUCUUAAUUUACCUCAUGGAUUUGCAGAUUUGGUAUUCAAUCUACUCCUCGUUGGUCGGAGCAGCUGUUGGUUUGUUUGCUCAUUUGGGUGAGAUACGAAACGUGCAGCAGUUGAGGUUGAGAUUCCAGUUCUUUGCUAGUGCAAUACAGUUUAAUCUCAUGCCUCAGGAGCAGCUUUUAAAUACUAGGGGAACACUGAAGAACAAGUUCAACGAUGCUAUUUACCGAUUGAAGCUGAGGUAUGGGUUUGGCCGACCCUUCAAGAAGCUCGAAUCGAACCAGGUGGAGGCUAACAAGUUUGCCUUGAUAUGGAAUGAGAUGAUUACAAUAUUCAGAGAAGAAGAUAUUAUCAGUGACCGUGAGGUUGAACUGUUAGAGCUGCCUCAAAAUACCUGGAGCGUCAGGGUUAUCCGCUGGCCUUGUUUACUCCUCUGCAAUGAGUUGCUGCUCGCUCUCAGCCAGGCCAAAGAGUUAGUAGAUGCACCUGACAAGCGGCUUUGGCAUAAAAUGUGCAAGAAUGAGUACAGGCGUUGCGCCAUUAUUGAAGCUUAUGACAGUGUCAGGCACUUGCUGCUUGCUAUUGUUAAAUGCGACACUGAGGAACAUUCCAUUAUCACGGUUUUGUUUCAAGAAAUUGAUCAGUCAAUUCAGAUUGAGAAGUUCACAAAGACAUUCAAAAUGACCGCACUUCCCAAGAUUCAUGCUAAGUUGAUAACUCUUCUUGAGCUGUUGAUUAAGCCUAAGAAAGACAUUAACAAGGUGGUGAAUAUUCUACAGGCCCUUUAUGAGGUUGCCAUCAGAGACUUUUAUAAAGAGAAGAGGCGCAUUGAUCAACUUAGAGAGGAUGGGUUGGCUUCUCGUAGGCCAAUUUCUAGCGGGGGUUUGCUUUUUGAGAAUGCCAUUGAGUUGCCCGAAGCCAGUAAUGAGACAUUUUACCGCCAAGCUCGGCGCUUGCACACAAUUCUUAUAUCUCGGGACUCAAUGCACAAUAUCCCUACAAAUCUCGAGGCAAGACGCCGAAUUGCAUUUUUCAGCAACUCUCUCUUUAUGAACAUGCCCCAUGCUCCCCAGGUUGAGAAAAUGAUGGCUUUUAGUGUAUUGACCCCUUACUACAAUGAAGAAGUGGUAUAUAAUAAGGAACAACUUCGAACUGACAAUGAAGACGGAAUCUCCACUUUAUAUUACUUGCAGACUAUCUAUGCAGAUGAGUGGAAGAAUUUCUUGGAGCGGAUGCGCCGUGAAGGAAUGGAAAAUGAUGGUGAAAUAUGGACAAACAAGCUAAGAGAUCUUAGGCUUUGGGCGUCAUACAGAGGCCAGACCCUCUCCCGCACUGUGAGGGGAAUGAUGUAUUACUAUCGGGCUCUUACGAUGCUGGCUUUUCUUGAUUCGGCAUCAGAGAUGGACAUCAGGGAAGGGUCACGGGAACUUGCUUCAAUGAGGCAAAGCGGUAGCAUUGAUGGUUUGAGCUCAGAAAGGUCACCAUCUAUGAGGAGUUUGAGUAGAGCAGAUAGUUCAGUGAGUCUGUUGUUCAAAGGUCAUGAAUAUGGGACUGUGUUAAUGAAAUACACUUACGUGGUUGCCUGCCAGAUAUAUGGGGCUCAAAAGGCAAAAAAAGACCCCAAUGCUGAGGAAAUUUUGUACCUGAUGAGAAAUAAUGAAGCUCUUCGAGUGGCCUAUGUUGAUGAGGUUUCCUCGGGGAGGGACGAAAAGGAGUAUUACUCUGUUCUUGUGAAGUAUGAUCAACAGUUGCAGAAGGAAGUGGAGAUCUACCGGGUCAAGUUGCCUGGCCCCUUGAAGCUUGGAGAGGGAAAGCCGGAGAAUCAGAACCAUGCCCUAAUCUUCACUCGUGGUGAUGCGGUUCAGACAAUUGACAUGAACCAAGAUAAUUAUUUUGAGGAAGCGCUCAAGAUGCGGAAUCUGUUGGAGGAGUAUAGGAAAUACUAUGGUAUCCGGAAGCCUACUAUCUUGGGAGUUCGAGAACACAUUUUUACUGGUUCUGUUUCAUCACUGGCAUGGUUUAUGUCGGCUCAAGAAACGAGUUUUGUCACAUUGGGACAGCGUGUCUUGGCAAACCCUUUGAAAAUUCGAAUGCAUUAUGGACACCCCGAUGUCUUCGAUAGAUUCUGGUUCUUGACUCGGGGUGGGAUAAGCAAAGCUUCCAGGGUAAUUAAUAUCAGUGAAGACAUUUUUGCCGGUUUCAAUUGCACGUUGCGAGGUGGCAAUGUCACUCACCAUGAGUACAUCCAAGUUGGUAAGGGAAGGGAUGUGGGAUUGAAUCAAAUAUCCAUGUUCGAAGCCAAGGUUUCUAGCGGAAAUGGUGAACAAGUCCUAAGUAGAGAUGUCUACAGAUUGGGGCACAGGCUGGACUUCUUCCGGAUGCUGUCGUUCUUCUACACUACUGUAGGUUUCUUUUUCAACACACAGAUGGUAAUCCUGACUGUCUAUGCUUUUCUGUGGGGCCGACUUUAUCUAGCACUUAGUGGACUUGAGGGUUCUGCAGUGGCAAACAAUACCAAUAACAACAAAGCACUUGGAACAAUCUUGAACCAGCAGUUCAUCAUCCAACUUGGUAUAUUCACUGCCCUACCGAUGAUUGUGGAAAAUUCUUUGGAGCAUGGAUUCCUUCGAGCCAUCUGGGAUUUCAUAACAAUGCAGCUUCAGCUUUCAUCUGUAUUCUAUACAUUCUCCAUGGGAACUCGUGCCCACUACUUUGGUAGAACUAUUCUUCAUGGUGGUGCAAAAUACCGGGCAACUGGGCGUGGUUUUGUCGUACAGCAUAAGAAUUUUGCUGAGAAUUAUAGGCUUUAUGCUCGUAGCCAUUUUGUGAAGGCAAUUGAGCUUGGGCUGAUACUCAUAGUGUAUGCUUCAUACAGCCCCGUAGCUACUGGCACUUUUGUUUACAUAGCAUUGACCAUCACAAGUUGGUUUUUGGUGAUGUCAUGGAUCAUGGCUCCUUUUGUUUUCAAUCCUUCAGGUUUUGAUUGGUUGAAGACCGUUUACGAUUUCGAUGACUUCAUGAAUUGGAUUUGGUACGAUGGUGGUGUAUUUGCAAAAGCUGAACAGAGCUGGGUAAAAUGGUGGUAUGAGGAGCAGGAUCAUCUGAGGACAACGGGCCUUUGGGGAAAGAUAUUAGAAAUAAUCCUAGACCUCAGGUUUUUCUUUUUCCAGUAUGGGGUUGUAUACCAGUUAGGUAUUGCUGCUGGGAGCAAAAGUAUUGCUGUUUACUUGCUCUCUUGGAUCUAUGUGGUCGUUGCUGUUGGCAUUUAUGUAAUUAUAGCUUAUGCUCGAGACAAAUACGCUGCAAAAGAACACAUCUACUAUCGGCUGGUUCAGUUCCUUCUUAUUAUUCUUGCUGUUCUUGUGAUCAUUGCCUUGCUCAAGUUCACCCAUUUCAAAUUUGUGGAUCUUUUCACGAGUCUUUUGGCAUUCGUUCCUACUGGGUGGGGCUUCAUCUUAAUAGCUCAAGUACUUCGUCCCUUUCUGCAAAACACCAUGAUUUGGAAGAUUGUUGUUUCUGUAGCUCGGAUAUAUGAUAUAAUGUUUGGAGUGAUUGUUAUGGUUCCUGUGGCAAUACUAUCAUGGAUGCCUGGGUUCCAGUCAAUGCAGACGAGGAUUCUAUUCAAUGAAGCAUUCAGUAGGGGCCUGAAGAUAUUCCAGAUUGUCACAGGAAAAAAAUCCAAAGUUGACUUGUGAGUUGAGGUUUUGAGUUGACAUGAGGCAUAUAACAAACGAUGUAGAAGUUGAAUGGCUUAAAUUAUAGAGUUUCAUGUGUGUGUUACAGCGGCAGCUGCCUAUUCAUUUCACCUGCAUUUCAUUGAGGGAGUGGAUGAUGUCAACUAGUUUUCCAAUCGCUGGCUUCAGCUUUGUCCCUUAUUGUUGUAAUUAGUCAAUUUUUCAUACUUACAAUUGACGGUUAGAUAGGGAAUUUACUGGUUAUUUGUGUUUGUCGUCCCCCCACGGUUUUAAAGGGUACAGCCUUCUUCUGUAUUGUUUUUUUCUCAGUAAGGCAUAGUGUCAGUAAAGAAUAGUGUUGUAUAAUUGUGAGAUUUUUGGUGCUCUUUCUUCCCAAAUACAGUUAAUUGUUUUGAACUUAAUUUUCUUGAUGUUGAUUCCGUUAAUUAUACAAAUGAGAUAAAAAGGGAAUGAGC